GGCGCAUGCGCACGACCACAAAAAGCGUGAGCUAAUGUUUGAAGAUGCUGCGUCCGGCAAGGGUCGUCUGGUCUCUGUGGUUACGGCCGAGGACGCCAGGGGUCUCGGCUGGAAACGGUGAUCGCAGGAAUGUCGCUUCUGGUGGUCCUCCUUCUGGCAGCACCUCUCCCAGAACCCUGAAUAUCUUCGACCGGGAUUUAAAGAGGAAACAGAAGAACUGGGCAGCCCGGCAGCCUGAGUCGAGGAAAUUUGAUUACCUGAAGGAGGAGAUUGGAAGUCGGAUUGCAGAUCGUGUGUAUGACAUAGCCAGAAAUUUUCCCCUUGCUUUGGAUGUUGGAUGUGGAAGAGGCUACAUAGCACAACAUUUGAAUAAGGAAACUAUUGGAAAGUUUUUCCAAAUAGACAUUGCAGAAAAUGCUUUGAAAAAUUGUUUAGAAACAGAUAUCCCUACUGUGAGUGUUUUAGCUGAUGAAGAAUUCCUUCCCUUCCAAGAAAAUACAUUUGACCUGGUGGUUAGCAGCUUAAGUUUGCACUGGGUGAAUGAUCUCCCUAGAGCACUUGAACAGAUUCAUUAUGUCUUAAAACCAGAUGGAGUGUUUGUUGGUGCAAUGUUUGGAGGUGACACACUCUAUGAACUUCGGUGCUCUUUGCAGUUAGCAGAAACAGAAAGGGAAGGAGGAUUUUCUCCACAUAUUUCUCCUUUCACUGCUGUCAAUGACCUAGGACAUCUGCUUGGGAGAGCUGGCUUUAAUACACUGACUGUGGACACUGAUGAAAUUCAAGUUAACUACCCAGGAAUGUUUGAGUUGAUGGAAGAUUUACAAGGUAUGGGUGAGAGCAACUGUUCUUGGAAUAGAAAAGCCCUGUUGCACCGAGACACAAUGCUAGCAGCUGCAGCGGUUUACAGAGAAAUGUACAGAAAUGAGGAUGGUUCAUUACCUGCCACAUACCAGAUCUAUCACAUGAUAGGAUGGAAAUACCAUGAUUCUCAGGCAAGACCAGCUGAACGAGGUUCUGCAACUGUGUCAUUUGGAGAACUAGGAAAACUAAACAACCUCAUGUCACAGGAGAAAAACAACUUAUAAUAAAUAUCUUUUCAGUGUUA